AUGUUUCUCCCCACAGCACUCCUUGCUCUGAUCCACCUCGCACUCCCCGCCCUUUCCCACGCAUCUCCACAACCCGCUCUCAUCUCCUCAGACUGGGAAAUGUCCUUGGUACCCCGCCAUCAACUCUUCCUUCGUCAACUGUCCAACUUGCAGACCUUCGACGGCAACCUUGGUGGGACGCGUGCAUCCGCCAUCACAAAUUCUGGAGACAAAGAACGUCCGUUCCAAGUCGACGGGGAUACAUUUACCAGUUUCGAUACUGCGGCACAGAGAAGUUGCGAUAAUCAAUUUCAAGGGUGUAGUGAUACUGCAAACAAGAGUGGAGGAGGCGGCGACAAGGGGAAGAAGGGGAAGAAGAGGCAGGAUGGCAGCGGUCUGAGCGUGAACGACUGUGACGAGCAGAAAAUCAAUGGAAUACCUUUCCGGCGACCAUCUGAAUUGCUCAAUCCCUGGAGGGCCGACAAAAGGCUGUCAGUGCCAAUGGCACCAAAAUCCCGCGCUAUAACAGCGAAAGCGCUGCAAUCACUACUCGUACAUAUCGGCGCACCGUCAUCAGGAACAAAGGCAGUACUCCAAGAGCGUUUCCAACGCGUUAUCGGAAAGCCUCUACUUCCCAACAGCCAACCACCAUGGAGAACAUCAGAGUCCGCAAGCAGGAAAUUUCGCAUCAUGAGCAUCGAUAUGGGAAUCAAGAAUCUGGCAUUCUGUGAGGCAGAAGUUUCCUAUCCGUUCACGAACAGCCUAGAUGCGGGAAUGGAGAUUCUUAGAUGGGAGAAGAUCAAUCUUACCGAAGCCACACAUGAUGAAAUUCACGAACGAUCAGAAGUUACAACCACAGAGCAAAAUACGGCGGGUGCUGAUGAAGAGUCAGACCCAUACUCUGUGGAUGCUUUGUCUAAGACAGCGUAUGGAUUGCUCAGGAACACCAUUAUGACAGGGUCACCAGAUAUCAUCUUGAUAGAAAAGCAGAGGUGGAGAUCUGGCGGUAGCAGUGCAGUGCAGCAGUGGACUCUCCGCGUCAACACCUUAGAAGGCAUGUUGUGGGCGGUACUGCAAACUAUGAACGCAGAGCGGCUGUAUGGGGGAGCUGAAGCAUUAGGUACAGGAAACGUGUACGAGGUCUUCAGUGCAGAUCCAAAACGUGUGGGACAAUACUGGCUCACUCGGGCGACUAGGAACUCUCCGGAAAUCGACGAGAAGACCGAUAGAUCCACGGACGAUAUAGAAGCGGGAAGCGGAGAGGAAGGAGACAAGUCAGUUGCAAAAAAGAAGCCUAGUCGAACCAAGGCAGAGAAACAAGCCAAGAUCGCUCUCCUUCGCUCAUGGCUCACUUCAACACCUGCUUCCACAGCAUCUGUAACACGCGAUUCGAUACCAAGCAUAAUGUUCAGCAUAACGCCAGGCGCCGAAGCUACCCGUGAAGCGCUGUGCGGACCACUAGAGUCAAGAAAGCCUAAGAAAGCUAAAAGAGUCUCAACAGACACACUUCCCACACAAGGUCAACCCAAGAAGCUGGAUGAUAUCACAGACUGUUUCUUACAGGCUGCUGCAUGGGUUAGUUGGGAGUCAAACCGCCUACAGCUUCAGGAGGUGUGGAAGCGGAAGAAUGGUAGCAAUGAAACCAGGUUAGGACUGACGGAUGAGGUCUUGUUAGAGAUGGUUCAGAAGAUAGGGGAGUCUUGA